ACUCUGUAGACACUUCUCUGAGGAGGGUGCUGGUGCGAUGGGCAUCUGGCUGCGACUAGCCUUUGUACUAUUGCUGCUGCAUGGCCUGCAGCAGCCUGCAUGGCCUGCUGCUGUGGCCCUGGCACUGCGCUGGCUCCUGGGAGAUUCUAUCUUCUGUGUGCUGCUUGGCCUAGCCAUACUGGCGCGGCCCUGGCUCUGUCCCUGGAUGCCCCACUGGCUGAGUCUGGCAGCUGCGGCCCUCACGCUGACUUUGCUGCCUGCACGGUCACCUCCAGGGCUGCGCUGGCUGCCUGCAGAUGUGGCCUAUAUCAUCAGGAUCCUCCACCUUGGCCUGCACAUCAGAGCACGCAUGAGCCACCAACCGCCCGACACUUUUGUGGAUUCCUUUGAACGGCGAGCACGAGCACAGCCGGGCCAUGCACCCUUGGUGUGGAAGGGGCCAGGGAGCCGCUCCUUCACUUUCAAGGAGCUGGACAACAGGGCAUGCCAGGCUGUAUGGGCCCUGAAGGCUGAGCUGGGAGGCCUCACGGACUUGCUUGGCGGGGAGUCAGCUGCCCUCUUGGUGCUGGAUUCCCAGACCAUUCCAGCCUUGGGUUUGUGGCUGGGGCUGGCCAAGCUGGGCUGCCCGGUGGCCUGGAUUAAUCCGCAUGCUCGGGGGGAACCUCUGGUGCACUCUGUGCUGAGCUCUGGGGCUCGGCUCCUGGUGGUGGACCCAGACCUCCAGGAGAACCUGGAAGAGGUCCUUCCCAAGCUGCAGGCAGAGAACAUCCGAUGCUUCUACCUCAGCCAGUCCUCCCCAACACCAGGAGUGGGGGCUCUGGGGGCAGCUCUUGAUGUUGCACCCACUGACCCUGUGCCCACUGACCUACGUGCCGGGAUCACACCACAAAGCCCUGCCCUGUUUAUCUACACCUCAGGGACCACUGGGCUCCCAAAGCCGGCCAUUGUCACACAUGAGCGACUGCUGCAGAUGUGCAAGAUGCUGUCCCUGUGUGGGGGCACAGCUGAUGACGUGGUCUACACAGUCUUGCCUCUGUACCAUGUGACGGGGCUUAUCCUUGGGGUCCUCAGCUGCCUGGAGCUCGGAGCAACCUGUGUCCUGGCCCCCAAGUUCUCUGCUUCUCGCUUCUGGGAUAACUGUCGGCAGCAUGGUGUGACUGUGAUCCUGUAUGUGGGUGAGGUUCUACGGUACCUGUGUAACACUCCACAGCGACCAGAGGACCGGACACAUACAGUCCGCUUGGCAAUGGGCAAUGGACUUCGGGCAGAUGUGUGGCAGUCCUUCCAGCAGCGCUUUGGCCCCAUUCAGAUCUUGGAAAUCUACGGCUCCACGGAAGGCAAUAUUGGCUUCAUCAACUAUCCAGGGCGCUGUGGGGCCCUGGGCAAGAUGAGCUGCUUUCUUCGAAUGCUGUCCCCCUUUGAGCUUGUACAGUUUGACACGGAGGCAGAGGAGCCUGUCAGGGACAAUCGGGGAUUCUGCGUCCCUGUGGGGCCAGGGGAGGCAGGGCUCCUGUUGACCCAGGUUUUGCGCCACCAGCCUUUCCUGGGCUACCGCGGGGCGCGAGAGCUGUCAGAACGAAAGUUGGUACGGGAUGUGCGGCGCAAGGGCGACGUUUACUUCAACACCGGUGACGUGCUGGCAAUGGACGAAGAAGGCUUCCUUUACUUUCGCGACCGCCUUGGGGACACCUUCCGAUGGAAAGGUGAGAACGUGUCCACGCGGGAGGUAGAGAGCGUUUUGUCACUGGUGGACUUCCUGCAGGAGGUGAACGUCUAUGGUGUGUCAGUACCAGGUUGUGAGGGCAAGGUGGGCAUGGCUGCGGUACAGCUGGCCCCCGGCCAGACUUUUGAUGGUCAGAGGAUGUACCAGCAUGUCCACACUUGGCUCCCUGCCUAUGCUGCACCCCAUUUCAUCCGCAUCCAGGACACUCUAGCGAUCACAAGCACAUUCAAACUGGUGAAGUCCCGCUUGGUGCGUGAGGGCUUCAAUGUAGGCGUAAUUACUGACCCCUUGUUCGUGUUGGACAACCAAGCCAAGGCCUUCCGGCCCCUGACAAUGGACAUGUACCAGGCUGUGUGCAAUGGAACCUGGAGACUCUGACCAUCUGGCCAGUCCACAUCUGAAGUGGUAGUGCCCAAUGCUGACUGCCACUCCCAUUGUGCAGGGUCACCUUCCCCUCAAACCUGGUAAAGGUCAUCAUGAAUCCCAGCCUGGUCAUAACUCCAGCUCCAGAGUGAGAUGACGCUAGGCCCAGUAGUGAGAAUAAACUUGGAUGUGUACACAGAUAUCUAUGUGUACAGGGGCCAAGGGCAGACAGCCCCAAGGUUGGUCACUUUGGCAUAAAGAUCAUUUUGUGUUAAAAGCAUUAAAACCCGAGCAAAUUCAGAAGCUCUUUCUCUCCCAAAAAUAACUAUGUUGAUAGGAAUCUAGCAAGGGCUCUUUGAUCACAUUCUUGUCUUGUUUCUGAAUGGCCCAAAGACUAUUUGUUUACCAAGUAUUUACUCUUUCAUCUUCCUUUAAAUUGCAUUCUUUCCUAUAAAAUUCCUAGACCUAUCUAUCUCAGUUCAGUAUAAUAUGUAUGCCUUAUUUUGCCUGUCUUUAGAAUUUUAUGGUUGUAUGCAUUCCCCAUCUGAACCAAAUUAAAUUUGAUAUUCUCCUGUUAA